AUGACGUCCAAUAAAACAAGGCGAUGUUUUCGUAGUGCAAGCUCUCGGAAUCCUUUCCGGUCCGAGCACCGGCGGCAAAGCAGCGGCAAUUCAAUUCUUUUGUGUCAAAGCGGAAAAGUACUCGCUAAAGUACAUAGUCGUGGAGCUAUUGGACGCAUAGUGACCGUCGAUAUGCGGGCCAAGCGCGCUCGUGCUGACGCUCGUUUUAAAAAUAUUCUACUAUACUGGCUUUGGGUGGAAGGCUUCGUGAUAGCUGCGCUCAUCAUACAACUACCUGUCUUUAUAGCAGGU